AUUACUUAAAAUUUGUACGACGGUAACGACGUUUUUAUUUAAAAAUGCGAUAUUUAUUUGUCACGACGAUAUUUAGUGUUGUUUUUGCCUAUGAAAAGGAUAUGACAUUCACCGUUCCAGCUGGUAAUACGGAGUGCUUCUAUCAAAAAGUGCUACCAAAUGAAAUAAUCGACAUAGAGUACCAGGUGAUAGACUCCACACACGGGGAGUUGGACAUCUCGUUCCAACUCUCUGACCCAGUUGGCAGGGUCAUUGUCGCUGAUUAUAAGAAGCCGGAGAACGCUCACCGUCACACCGCCGUACUCAAUGGCGACUACAGAUUUUGCUUUGACAAUAGUUUCAGUACAUUCAGCCAGAAAACCGCAACUCCGCGGAAACCUACAUGAUGAAAGUUAAAGACAUAUCAGAGUCUGUGGCCAAAGUCAAAGACCACGUGUCAGCAGCUAGAAGACUGCAAGAGUUGCUGUCAGCACAUGAGGCCAGGGAUAGAAACCUGGCCGAGGAGAUGUGCUCCAGGGUCAUGAGGUGGUCGCUGUGGCAGAUUGCUGUGAUGCUUAUAGUUGGUAUAACUCAGGUGGUGUUCGUCAAGAGUCUGUUCCAGGAGCCAAGCAGCGGAAGUCUGAAGAAGCUUAUUCCUAAUUUUUUGUCUCAAUGACACCAAAGAAUUAAUUACUUUAAGUUAGGUUAUGUUUAUCACUUCUGUUGAACGAGCGGCAAAAUGCUGUAAAACAAAGUUUUAAAUUAUUGUGGGUAGUUAUUAUGUAUUGUCUAUAUAUAUAUACUAUAAUUAUUUUACAUGUGUGUUUGUUACUGAACUCCUAAACGGCUGGACCGAUUUUGAUGAAAAUGUUUGUGUUUGGGUGGUUCCCAAACGAACAAAUGUGGCGGUGUUGUCAGAUUCAUAAAUCACGUGCAAAGCCGGGGCGAAUCGAUAGUUAGUUAUAUUACUGAAAUUAUCUUUUUAUAUAACAACUAGCUGAUACCCGUGAACUCGUCCGCGUUGCUUAAUAACAAAGUUUUCGUAUGUGCGAAGGAGAAAACAUCAAAAAUAUAAAAUUUCUUUGUAAACAGUUUUAUUUGUUGCUCCGUUUGUAGCUAAAUUAUAUAAAUUAUCUGGGUUAGUAACGCGAGAGCAAGCGACGUACAGUGGACCGUGUGAAAAACCUCGUAUGAAAAUCGUUGAUUCUUAAAACUUUAAUAACUUUAUAUUAAAUGAAGAUAUCGCAAUAUUUUAUUUUUUAGAUAAGGGCCAGGUGUCUGAGAAAUAAAACUUAGAAAGACUAAUUGAAAUAUCUCCAGCAGUAUUUCCGUGUUGCGCGCACAACAAACUUGUGUCUGAAGUCGAGUCUUUGCUGAACAAAGUCUCGGAUUGGGGGCGACUAAAUCUAGUCCAAUUUAAUCCUCAGAAGACACAAGUUUGCGCGUUUACCGCUAAAAAGAACCCCUUUGUCGUAUCUCCUCAGUUUCAAGGCACUCCCCUUCUUGCCUCAGCCAGUAUCGGUAUCCUCGGAGUCGACAUAUCGAGUGACGUGCAGUUUCGUGGUCACUUGGAAGGGAAGGCCAAAUUGGCCUCUAAAAAGCUUGGCGUGCUCAGCAGAGCGGGACAGUAUUUCAUGCCGGCACACCGCCUGCUACUUUACAAGGCGCAAGUUCGGCCUCACAUGGAAUACUGUUCCCAUCUCUGGGCAGGGGCUCCCCAGUGCCAGCUCCUUCCACUUGACCGCAUCCAACGCAGAGCGGCUCGAAUUGUCGACGACCGAGCCCUUUCCGAUCGGCUCGAUUCAUUGGCACUGCGAAGAGAUGUUGCAUCCCUUUGCAUUUUCUUUCGCAUCUACCAUGGGGAGUGCUCUGAGGAAUUGUUCGGAUUAAUCCCAGCCGCCAAAUUUCACGAACGCACAUCGCGGCAGAACUCCCGAUACCAUCCACACCAUCUGGAUGAUUGGCGGUCCACCACUGUGCGAUUUAGAAGAUGUUUUCUUCCUCGCACGACCUCCUUGUGGAAUCGAUUACCAUCAGCGAUUUUUCCGGACCGAUACGACUUAGGGACCUUCAAGAAAAGAGCGUACUCCUUUUUAAAAGGCCGGCAACGCAUCUGCGAUUCCCCUGGUGUUGCAGUUGUUCAUGGGCGGCGGUAGUCACUUACCAUCAGGUGAGCCGCAUGCUCGUUUGCCCCCUCUCCUAUAAAAUAAAAAAAAAAUAAAAAAAAAACAACUGCAAAUCUCUAUCAUUUUAUUUAUAUAGAUGAAUAGAAUAAUUUACUCUGAAUAAGGAACCCUGCCCUGCAAUGUUCUACUUUAUAUAGGCUGAUAAUUCGUAGAAUUAUAUAGUUCUUUCCCUUUCGGUGUAAAAAAAUUAAAUUUAGUUGGUCCAGCGUCAAUCUAAUAUCAAAAUGAGGUUCCUCGGACCGUUGAAUAAUUGACAAAUGAACCUCUACUAGGUUUUUAAUUAACCCAAAAAUAAAACACAUUUAAAUUAUUUAAAAUUUCGUUGUUAGAGACAAUAAAUACUAGAUUUGAUAGUUGAACUGGAUAAACUAAGUAAUAAAAAAGCAUAUGUAUAAAUAUUAGACUUACACAACGCACAUCUCUAUUGUUAAUUGUAUUUCUAAGAAGCUUACCAAAGAAUAUUUCGUGCCAUCCGCCAUUUAUACUGGUACCUCAGACUAACAAAGAACAAUAGACGGAACACUGCGUCUAUUUUAACACACGUCACAACUAGGUCACAACCAUGCUCGUCUUAUUGUAAGAACACGCAUUCAUGUAUAUACGU